AUGGCCUCACCACACAACGUCCUCAUCCUCGGCGGCCACGGCAAAAUCGCCCAGCUCCUCACCCCCCUGCUCCUCAAGCGCUCCUGGGCCGUCACCAGCAUCAUCCGCAAGCAAGACCAGGUCCCCGCCGUCGAGCGGCUCGGCGCCGGCCUCCCCGGCCGCCUCAGCGUCCUCGUCCGCAGCAUCGAAGACGUCGACAGCCAGGACAAGGCCGCCAGCAUCCUCGACGAGGUCAACCCAGACUACAUUGCAUGGAGCGCCGGCGCCGGCGGCAAAUACGGGACUGAGGGAACAUUCCGCAUCGACCGCGACGCCGCAAUCCACUUCAUCAACGCAGCCGCGGCCAGGCCCUCCGUCACGCGCUUCCUCCUCAUCUCCUACAACGGCUCCCGCCGCAAGGCAGCCCCCUGGUGGUCCGCUACCGAGUGGGAGGAGUACCACAACUCCGUCAACCUCGGCCCGCUGGCCACCUACUACAAGGCCAAGCUCGCCGCCGACGAGGUAUUCUACGAAGUCUCCAAGAAGAGCUCGACCCUCGUGGGCAUUGACCUCCGGCCCGGCAGGUUGACGGACGAGCCAAAGGAAAGGGUGACGCUGGGCAAGACCAAAAACGUCCAGGGCAGCAUCUCCAGGGUCACGGUAGCGCACGUUGCCGAUGCGCUCCUUGCUGCCGAGGGAGUCAAGAGCGGAUGGUUAGAUCUGCUACAGGGCGACAAGGAAAUCGACGAAGCUGUUGAUGCUGUGGUCCGCGAGGGUGUCGAUACCGCCGAGGGUGAAGAUAUUUAUUCCAAGUACGCAUAGCUGCGAGCAACAAGCUAAAAACCCGUAACCGUAUUAUAAUAUUAAGCCCACAUGACUACAUACCUAACUGCUGGUUUCAGUACCUAUUAUGGAGCUGUCAAGUUUUGGAAGAUUGAGUGGAGGGAGUGAUUCCAUCGCCGAAAUAAACAUCCAUGCCAUUUCCA